AUGUAUACAAUCAAAUCAUUCGUUUCAACAUUAAUACUAUUAUUGGUUAUGAUUGUUGUAGUUUUCUGUAAUGGUGGAGCACAACAACCAACUUUUUUAGCGAUUGAAACCGAUUACAAAGAUAUACAUUGUCAAACCAAAGGUAUACCAAAUACAAUGCCAACAGGUACAUGUAUUAGUGAUUCAAUGUACAAAUGUGAUAUGGAUGCCCAAACACUUGCCAUUUUCUAUUUCAAUGGUACUGCCAGUGGAUGUGCCGGUGAUUUCCAUGUCGAUGUUUACAACUUUGGUCAAUGUUAUGGUGGUUCCAUUUAUUCUUGUAAACAAAAGAAAUAA